CUCAGAUUAUAAAUCCUGUAGUCCACAGGCAAUGAAUAGACACCACGACUUACUCGUUUAAUAAUUUAUAGCGUGGUAUUAGAUCUAGAUCUAAGAUUUUUAUGCGUUCUAAUCGUGAAGUUUUGGUUGAUCAUUUCAUGAUACCGAACUGGCUUAUUGCCGUACUGUUGUUCAUACCGUAUUACUAUACGGUCGUUCAGAGAGCGGGUCACAUUACAGCCCGACCAUACAUUGAACCACUCCUAUACACCACUCAUGCACGAAGUCGUGUAUGUACAGAUAUUAAGUCGCCUGGCCAAGGAUCUGAUAACAACGACAACGACCUGAAUCUGGCUAUCAAUAAUUAUCAGAUGCGCCCGGGAUGCAUGAGAUUGGCAUAAGCUUUCGGGAAUAACUUCCCAAUAGCGUCCCCGAUCGACACGAAUGCUAGUCUACCCGCUGCAACUCGCAGGCCGAUUUUGCCCCGGCUAUGAAAAAAAACGUCAUGCCAGCCCGGAAAAGUGAAAAUGGUCAUAUUCGUAUUUUCUGACGAUUCUUCAAAC